UGUGAUGAUACAUCGACUUACAACUAGUUGAAUGACACCUCUGUCAUGGCCUGAGGGGGUCUGUAUUGCUUUCACUGGCACUAAGCAACUUCGAGGAGGGUGGCUGUAACCCUGCCACACAAAAAACUACAAAUGUGCUGACUGCUUUACGGCAUACGUCACUCCCCCCUUUCCCCAUUCGUUACAAAGACGGAAGUCGAUGCGAACGCCUACGCGCAAUUACUGCUAUCAUGGCAGAAGCUGCAAAACAAUCAAAGAAACGAAAAGUUUUGUCUGAGGAGACAAAAAAAAGAAAAAGGGAGGCUCCCCGGAUAAAAGGACAGUCAAGGAUCAACAUUGGCCCGGCUUUCACUCGCUGGCGUGAGCUCAAAGACGAGGAGGGAUUUCUGACCGAUGCUGCCUUGGCUCUGUUCCUGCUGGACUAUUAUCAAAAGAAGCAAGUAACUUCUACUCCCCACAAGCAACACCUCCAACCUCUACAGCCUAUAGUUUCCAGCUUUACAGAAGAGUCGGACCAUGUUAGGGGAGAACCGAUAGAGGGUGUCCAAAUGCUGGAAGAAGGCGCUGGGGCAGAAGAAGUUGGUGUAUUAGAGGCCAGGUGAGUUUCUGUAAAUGAAAGCUGUAGUACUUUUGGUUGAUGGUGUAAGCUCCUGGUCAUCUGUCCGGCAACACUUGCCUAGUGUUUCACAACACUGACAUACUGUGUUGCGCCAUUCACCAAAGGUCCCAUGCUGUUUGCUCACAUGCAUAGGCACAUUGCACAGGACUCACAUGGAACAGUAUGCGGAGUGGUGCAGGACAGUAGGGGAGUGACUCCUGCCACAAACAGCUAUCCCCAACCCCACAGACGAUGAAAUGACAGAUUUGCCUGACAACUUCAAAGUUUUACAUGAAGAUGACCUGAUUGGGAAGAGGGCCUGCAUCACCUGUCUAGACAACCUGAAGAUGCUUAUCUCUUAUCUGCAGUUUCCUAUGAAAGCAUGCAACUACUGUGACAGACUAACUGGUGUAAAAUGCCCAGGAAGACCACCAUUUCAUGUUGAAAUGAAAACCCGGGGAACUGGCGUUGUUUUGGAAUGGGUAGGCAAAGAAUAGUUCUGUCUGUUGGGGCGAUACUGUGUUUUGCAUUUUGUUGUUAUCUAUUCACAGCCCCUUUUGAAGUAUGGGAUGCAAGGGGGGGACUUCAUGCUCUCCACAAACAUUCUGUUAUCGGGGAACAAUUACAGGAAAGUGGCAUUUCUCUUCCACUUCAUGCAAAUGGGGAUGGUGGCAGAGCCUACCUUCUUCAAAAUCCAGGAUAACUACUGCAUCGAACCAGUUGAUGAGUUCUGGCAGAAAAUCCGAGAUGGUGUUCUGACCCGUUUGCGUGAGAAGGACGAGGUUGUUGUUCAUGGUGAUGGCAGAAUGGACUCUCCAGGCCACUGUGCACAGUAUUGCACCUACACAACAAUAGAACAGGAAUCUAGAGACAUCGUGCACACUGUCUCUGUGGAUAAACGUGAAACAAACAGGAACUCUGUGAUCAUGGAGAAGGAGUGUUUCAUCCGAACAAUGGAUGCACUUCUGCUGGAGAUGCAUAUAACAGAAGUGGUCACCGAUGCCCACCCACAAAUUACAGCUUUACUGGAUCUGGAACAUGGGAAAUACAAGGCAUGGCAUCUACAACAUUCCGUUGAUAUUUGGCACAACGCUAAAAAUCUGGGGAAGAAGCUCAGACGGGCUGGUACAGUGAGGGACCAGUCUGAAAUCUUGCCUUGGAUCAGAGACAGUGUUAACCAUUUCUGGUACUGUGCUAAGCAAGCAUCCUCUGUAGAGCAGUUCAAGAUGAAGUGGCAUGCUGUAAUACAUCACGUUCGGAACCAGCACACAUGGGCCACUGGAUCUUGUUCAGCAGCUCACCAGGCUCUUGUAGCCAUCGUCCUCGACAAGCGAUGGUUGAAGAAUGUAAGGAAAUUCAUCAACUUCAGAGGACGACAUCGGAUCUGGAAAACUUCCAGAAUCACAUAUUCAUGUAUGCAGGGAAGCGGUUCUUCUACACUCCAGCAGUGUAUCGCACGCGGACUUUGCUUGCUGCGAUAGACUACAUCUGUCACAAUGGCCGCGCCCCAGCACGAAACCAAGAUGGACACAAGAUUUACAGGCGAUACUACAAUAAGAAGUCCAAAUCCUGGAGUGUCUACACAGUGAAGGAAAAGAAGGAUUACUCCUACAUUCCAGACCUGCAGAGAGGCAUUCUUAGGAAGAGUCUGCAAAGUGGAGGUGGCCUUCCCAAGAAACAGACCCUUAGGUCAGAUGACCCCCGGAAUUUAGGGGUUCUGGCUUCAGUACAGCCGCCCCCAACAGCUGAGCUAGUUAGGACGCAUGUGAAACGUGGUGAAGGUGUUCCCCAAAGUGAACGCUGAGGAUCCUGCCUUGUAUGUUUACAUAAAUGCACAUGCAUACAUCAUAUCACUCUGACUGGCUAACUACAGACACAUAAUCACAGCUUUACCUGGACCCCCACCCACACUGUCUGCUGCUACUGCACUCAUUGUAAUUAUUCUCAGUAACUUCUAACAUUGUCACACAGAUUAUUCAGUGUUUCUUAUUUUAACUGUCAUAGUUUAUUUUUAUCCUGCUCUAUUUAUCCAUGUACAUGCAUCACACUCCCCUUUUGUUUUGUUUUUUAUUCACAGUAAUUUUUUUCAACUGUCAUUGUCGUUCAUUUACUACUACUGUAAUACAGUGUUGUUGUGCUAUUUAUUUAUUCAAAUCAUACACAUAUCCCGUCGUUGCAAAAAUGCACAUUGCAUUUAUGCCACUCUUUUCUUUCAUGAUAUUUCUUGCGUAACACUGCAUGUGCCUGGAAAUGUUUUUCUUUUUUCUCUAGGUCCUAUGUUUUAUUCGUUACUUCCUUUACUGUGAAGGGACAAGUGGCAAAAAAACAAUUUGAAUGUGUUGAAUGUGACAAAGUACUUGAAUUUUGAAAACUGUGAAAGAGGGUGUAUAAAUAAAAGUUUGUCUUGUUUUGCA